UUAAAUUUGAGUUUUGAGUUUCUCAUUCCCAGAAAACAAGAAUGUCUUCAAGGAUUCCCGAACCCUGAAGGAAGAGCCUCUCAAGAUCACAACGAUAAGCUCAUCACAACCAAUCUGCUGAAGAAAUUGCAAGAAAUUUCUUGACAAUCCAAGCCACUGGAACCGGACUCGAUCGGGUCAGAAGCGGAAGAAGAGAAGCCCGAGCACGAACCCGAUCACCCGAUCGGGCCAGUCGAUCGGGUCAGACCAGCCCGAUUUCCAGAGAAGAAGUUUCGAUGGGGAAAAGACCUGUAGAAGAAGAUGUUGAUCAACCGAUGGUGGAUAUGGAGCCUAGAACGGUAGUGGCUCCAAGGAAAACCAAGAACAUGCCCCCUCCAGAAGAGCUUUAUGCAAUGUUUAAGAAGCAAAAGUUUGUUGGAACUCCCUAUCCUCACCGGCAAACGAUGAAGGAGCUGGGCAUAGCAAGAGAUGUUGAGUUUCUGUUCCAGAGAAUCGGCCUUGGCUCAUUCAUGACUAGAACCUUGGAAGCCUACGACGAGGAGACGUGCUACGUGUUGGCUUCACUUCAGCUCCAUUUCUACGAGGAUGAAACCGAUUUCCACUCAGAUGACUGCCUUGGAUACAUCACCUUUAGCGUGAGGGGCGCUACCUAUUCUCUCACGUUCAAAGAAGUUGAGAACCUCUAUGGGUUCUUGCAAGCAAGCGGGAUGAGCCAAGAUGUGCUUAAGGAGGAGAUCAAGUCUGUUUGGAAGACAAUUGGAGAUGGGAAGGAGUACACCUCUUCGAAAUCUAAGAGCGCCCAAAUCUGAAAUCCAGCUUUGAGAUAUUUCCAUAAGUCAUUGGCUAGUACGAGUUUUGCUAGAAAGGAGAUCGGGAAUGUGAACGAGAGUGAGAUCCAGCUCAUAGAUAUAGCAUUGAGUGGUGUACUGCCAAGUACUAGGGAUGGUAGAGAACUAGUAGGAGAUAGAAUGGAUGGUAGCAUGGUCUUGGUUCUGUUAGACCAACUGAUGUACUGCAAGGAUUGGGUAUUAAAGGCUGUUAGGAGAGGUGUACAAGGAGAGCUCAGUAUUGGUGGACUAGUCACCCCGCUAUUGGUAGCUUGUGAUGUUGAAUUACGGGGGAAGGUUUACAACGCUCGCUGGAUUGACAUUGAGAUUUCAACAAGGACGCACUUCCUUGAUAGCGAGCGUCCCAACGGGUUUUAUCUAUAUAAGUUCACCCACCCUUCACUUGGAGCAACAAGAAUGGUGUUGCCUAACACCGAGCUUACAAAGAUCAGAUUGGGUGCUAAUAUCGACUUUUGGCCACCCAUCUCAGCGUUAUAUGACCCGAGCUCAGUCCAAGAUCCAGUUCCUAGCUUCGAGCCAUCCCAACAAACCUAUGCACCUGAAAUCAGAGAAGAAGAGCCUGCUAGGGAAGAGCAGGAAGAGGACUUCUAUUUUGACGAGUGGGAAGAGUCCUCUAGGCAGUCAAGGGGGGUAAAGGAAGCUCAUAAAAAGAUUAGCAUCCUCCUGAAGUGGAACAAGUUCCAAAGCAAGACUAUCAAGGCAUUGAAGAACACAGUGAAGGAUCUUGCUGGAACAGUUAAGGAUAUGGGGGAGCAGAUCAAGGAGCUUCAGAACAAGGUUGGAUGCUCAACCUCCACUACAGCCAUGCCUAGUGGUUUGGGGAGGAGUGCAUCAGUCAGGACACCUACCAAGUCCAACCUACCAUUUAGUCCGCCUAGAGCCUCAUUUGACCCGAGGAGGAGUCUGUUCAGAACCAGAAGAGAACCGGGCGCUUACAAGAGCACCUCAUCCGAACGCACACCCGAUCGGGCCGGCUCUUCACACCCGGUCGGGUCAGCCUAUCACCUCGCAGUCGACUCUGAAAAUGUCCAAACCGAGCACGUAGCAGCAGGCCUCGACGUCUUGAGCUCGUGGUUUGGACCACCACCCAAGAGUACGUACAAGAGUGAAGAAAAGGAUGAUGAACAAUUCAGAACCCGAGUCUGGUUCGUCUUCAUUGACCAACUCUUGUUAUGUGUGCUUUGGUAUGGCUUCAGAAUUAGGUGA